GAGAUAGAGUAAAAGCAAUCGCACCCCCACAGAGUUCCUACCAUUAUUCUCCCCCAUUUCUCCCGUCUCCCAAAAUCCCAACCCAAAUCUCUCCCUCUCUCUAUCUAGCUUUCUCUGUGAUAUUUCUCAUUUCACCGACGCCGACAACACAAGCAUGAUGUGGGACGAGUGGGGCGACACCAUUUUCUCCGACACCGACCAACAACAACAGCAACAACAAUCCGACCAGGAUUCCCACCUCAAUUUCGAUUUCUUCUCCGACCUCUCCAAGCCCAAGGAUUACUAUAAGAUACUGGAAGUGGAUUAUGAUGCCAACGACGAUGCUAUUCGCUCCAACUACAUCCGCCUCGCCUUGAAAUGGCAUCCGGAUAAGCACAAGGACCAGGAUAGUGCCACCUCUAGGUUUCAAGAGAUAAACGAGGCCUAUCAAGUUUUGAGUGAUCCAGUGAAGAGAGUAGAAUAUGACAAGAAAGGGAUGCUUUAUGUCUACGACUAUAAUAUAACUGAGUAUCUAAACCGCUACAAGGGUCUUAUAUUGACGUGCAGUGGCCUGGGGAUGAGGACUUCAAUUUGGUAAGACAAAACAACCUGCACAGAAAUCCUUUUCGUUAAAGUCGGGAAAAUCUUUACAACGUGCAAGGCACAUAUUUGCUGACACUUCAAGUGGCAUAGUAAGGGAAAACAAUGAUCUGUGUCCUUGGUUCUAUUUGGAGGUUACUAUUAUCAUGUGCACGUGUAUAAAAUAGAGGAACAAAGGAUAUCACUUUCUGUCGUGAUGUCUUUUGCCUACCUGCCCAUGUUAGAUGUCACCUCUUUCUUGUAGAGUUGUAUUUGUAUAAUAAUCUACUUGCCCCCAAUGCCUAUCCAAUAAUUAUGGAAUCAUUCGAUGCUCGACCCGGGACAAACCCUUUUUGUUUGUUUUGGGAACUGAUAAUGUACGUGGGUGACAUUUGAGAGCACAUUGAAGCUUGUUACUGCUUUUUUUA